AUGAAUGUUGAACAAUUUCAACUGAUUUUACAAAAUAUCUCUGAUAAAAUUCAACGAUCAGACACAGCAAUGAGAGAAGCCAUAUCAGCAAAAGAUAAGUUACAAGUAACUUUGUCUUUUUUGGCAACAGGAAAUAGUUUCAGAACUCUCCAACAUAUUUUUCGAGUGCCUAAACCAUCGAUAUCCACCUUUCUUCCUGAAGUUUUCGAUGCUAUUUACGACUUCUUAAAGGAUUAUAUUAAGGUUCCAGAAACUAAUGAAGAAUGGGGAGUUUUAGAGAAUGGCUUCCGUACAAGAUGGAAUUAUCCCGGAUGUUAUGGUGCCAUCGAUGGCAAACAUGUCUCAAUUAAAGCUCCCAACCAAUGUGGAAAUGUAGAAGAUGAAAACAAGGGUGAAAUUUUUGAAGGUACAUGGAGAAGAGAUUUUUUAAUGCCAAGUAUCGUUAAUACCGGAUCGAACCAUUCAGCUAGACAAGCUAGAGAAUUGCGAGAAAGAUACAAACAUUACUUCACUCAUGAAGGUGCAGUUCCAUGGCAAGAUAGAAUGAUCUACUAA